ACUUAUAAGUUUUCCGUUUUAUAGAAAAAUUUUUGGCAUUCAUUUUGAAAUCUGCUAAUUGAUUCUGAAUUAGGAUCUAAUGCAUUUAUUUGUUUUUGUUGUUUGGGAUCACUGUUGUUGAAACCGGCCAUGAGCGGACAGGAUCUGAUCGAACCUGCAGGCCCGAGCAGUGGCAUAAUACCUUCCGUCUUUAUUCUGUCAGCUGCAGCAGAUUUACCUGCGCAGGGUUCCCUGCUCUCCGCUGGGAAGCCAGCUGAUACUGAAGCCAACAAGACUACCAGUAAUUUCCAAGCGGCCAUCCGUUCCACAGUGGCUAAGCAGUACCCCGUAAACAAUGCGUAUCGGAAGCCUAAAGGGAAGAAACGGCCUAAUGCUGAUGACGACCAGAGUAAAGACAAGCCAUCCCGCAGGCCGCAGCCACCAAACGAAGAUACGCUUAAGAAGCUACGAAAUGUUGUGGAGGUUAAUCCAUACAGCCAUAGCGUGAAAGAUAGCCAUGACGCUUGGUGCGAGGUUGUGCUGCUCAGUCGCGAGCGAAUUAAAAACGACGCGGGCGAGUUAGUGGCAGAUGCGAGUCCCGUUCUGUUCAAAGAAAUUCAAAGCCUUAAGGCCUUGGUUCGUCGGAAUUCAACAAAAUUCAACGAACGUCAUGUGCGAAUCACUGGCACUGAAGAGGAAUGGGAAGAAUGGGAUAAACUUAUGGAGCAGAUAAAAGAGUAUUCUGAAUGUGUACCACUUUCUACUCGGGAUCCCGAAAAAGCAGCCAGGGAAGCCGGCCUUCAAGCACGAAUCCGCGCUACUCAGUUGGGUAUGAAAAGUGGAACAACUAAAGUGUUGUGGGACGGUGCCGACGAAGAUCAGGCUCGGGAAGAUCUGGAGUUUGAUAUGGGACUGACAGAUCAUCCAGAUGAAUUGGCCGGGAAUCUUCGUUUUGACGAUGAUGAGUUAGCAGAUUUCAAGGAAGAUGGCACAGUCGCGGUUGUUACGGCUAGCCGUACGAAUGGGGUACCCCAUAGCGGAGCGAGAGGAGAAACACCUGUUGCAGAAGAUGGAGUGGCACCAAUUACGGAAAAGCAAACAGCGGCUACCCGCGACACCCGGCUACCCGGAGGACGGUCAAGCGUAUCAGAACCUGCAUCUCCUGCGAGUGAGGACGAGGCCUCUACUGCUCGCAACGAUGUCACUAAGAAAGUUGCAAACAACACCCUCGUGGCGAAAAAACUGUCCAAGCCAGACGAAGCUGCAGCAGCAAGAAAAAUCCAUCGAAAACAAAUAACUGAAAAGUUGCGUCAAGAGCGAAUAGUGACCAGUCGGCAACAAAUCGUUCAGACAUUUACAAGCUUGAAUAAAACUGUGGCUCGGAUGGAGCAUGGUGACUCUGAAGAGCGUCGGUUUGAACGUGAAGAGCGCAUCAAGGACAGGGAAGCUGAACGGGAAUCGCGACAGGAAGACCGCGCACUCCAGUGGAAAUUGGCGCAGCAGGAGGCGGAGAUCAAAGAAAGAGACCGCCAGGAGCGCAUCAUGAAAGAAGAAGAAGACCGAACUGAACGCAAGGAAAGUCGAGAUCAACAGUUUCAACUGCAGAAACUCGAAAUUGAGGGCCGCAAUAAACAGCAAGAAAGAAUGCUAGAUAUGAUGGAAAAGUUUGUCACUAAGAAUUAAUUACUUUGCAGUGCUUCUACCUGCAUUAUACGAUCUA